AAGAAAACUAUCUAACUCUAACCUCGUUCGACUGGUUUAGUUUUUAGUUAAUAUUUUUUUGUAAUAGAGACCUUUAAAAAGUAAAUAAUGGCAUCUGGUCUGGACAGUUUCGUUAAUCAUACUGUCUCCAUUAUAACAUCCGACGGAAGGAAUUUUAUCGGAACAUUAAAAGGUUUUGAUCAGACUAUUAAUAUCAUUUUGGAUGAAUCUCACGAAAGAGUUUAUUCAACCACUUCUGGUAUAGAGCAGGUAAUGCUGGGACUCCACAUAAUUCGUGGGGACAACGUGGCAAUCAUAGGACUGAUCGACGAAGAAAUCGAUAACAGACUGAAUUUAGCUAGUAUUAAGGCCGAACCUUUAAACCCUGUAGUCCAUUAGUAGAAUAUUAGUAAUAUAUAAGAUCUAUUACAUUUGUUUUUCUUUAUUU